GUAGAUCCCUGAUCGUCAGGUAAAGGCCAGGAACUCUUUCACAUAUUGAUUUUCUUGUUCGCUGCGUUAGACUGAGAAGGGAAUAAAGAUAAACAUGCAUCUAAAAGUCCUGCUCUUCGCCCUGUCCUUCUUGACAACUUCAGCAUACCCACUUCAUCGUAACACCAGGGACGCAACCUGGACUGAUUCAAAGGCCAACCAGGCUCAUGACAAGAUAAACCUCACAAAGGAUGUGGAUAGGAUCUACAAGAGUCACAUAGACAGCAGUAGCCUUUACAACCAAGAAGAUGAUGACAACAAUAACCCCGUGGUACGGGAGAUGCAGCGCAAACUCAACAUGGAGUCAGAGCGUCUGCGUAUCCGUCUGCGCCAAGAGCUGGCCGAGCUGCAGGAGAAGUUAUCCCCAUCUCCAGCCCACCUCAGCUCCACCCUGGCCAGUAUGAGGGAGCGCCUGGCUCCCCUCACCCAGCAGCUCCAGAGCUCUCUCAGCAGCGACACCCAAGAUCUGUGUGGCCAGCUGAGACUCUAUCUUCAGGGCCUGGAGACAGCAGAGGCCCAGACAGAGGCCAGUCCGACUCUCAACCAGGAAGCCUUCCACUGGAUGACACAAACCCUGGAGCACAGCAGCUCUAAGAUGGCUGACAUCAUCAGCGACUUCCAAACUAAAACUGUCGGGGAGAUCGAACAUCUGAGAGGGAUCAGUGCUAGUGAGGAAGAGGCAGACAAGUCAGAGCUCUGGCAGGUAACGAGCUCCAGGUUGGGACAGGAAGUGAGUUCACUGAGGGUGGAGAUACAGAACAGGGUGGAGGCUCUCAAAGCAGAGCUUGCUGCUCUGCUAGAAAAUGCGCAGCCUACUAAGGCUGAAGUCACAGCUAGUAUGGAGCGGUUCUGCCAAAAUGCAGCCCUGCAGAGCCAAGUGUUUCAGGCCCGGAUGGAAAAGGUGUUUCAGGAGCUGGAAGGGGAGCUGGAGAUCCAGAGAGCCUCCAGCCUGUCUCCCUCUUCUUUCUCCUCACCCAUACAGCCUGGUGCUGCUCUACAGGAGGACUUCUCAGUUAAACUCUCUGCUCUGAUCCAGGACAUUCUGCACUUAGUGCAGUGACAGAGACACCUGUACAUUUUUUAAAAAGAUGAAUUCACUGCCAUUACGGUCGCAUCAAAGUGAUUCUUGUUCAUGAAUUUGUUUUUGUUUUUUUGUUUUUUGUUUGCCACUGUAGCAGCCAAGUAAGUAGCCUGUAUUUAUGAAUGUAUGGAUUUGUUUUGAUUGGUGUGUUAGUUUCAUUCUGUAUGUGAAUGAGUGUGUAAUUGUCAGUAUAUGUUUACUGUACCAUGUAAAAAAAAUGCUGCCUGUGGAGAGUAAAGUUACUGAUGAUACAAAUCA